UACACAGAUGUAAAGUUGUGCUGAAGUUAGCUCUAAGAUCAGUUUGUUACGGGUUUGUGAUUGAGAAUGGAGGCAAGGAAGGUUGGCAAUAAUUGAGAAGGAAGUAGUUCCGUCUGCCAAAAGUAAUGUAACAGUUGUGAAUUAAAAUGUUAUAAAACAUUCGUAUUUUAUAUCGCCUCUACCAAACAACCGGAACCGGGCCGAGUUUCUCUCCUCUUCGCUUCAUCGUCAUAAUUUGAGUUAAACCGUGGUUCUCUCAAACUGUUCCUCGAAAUUCUGUUUCGAGCGGUGAAACGCGUUGUCUUUUUUCGACGUAUUCUGCGAAUAUGCCAGCUGCAAACAGUUCUGCACUGAGGUCUGAUUCCCACAGCUAGGUUGACGGAGUAGCGAGACGAGUUGGACUCGACAAGACUAAACACAGGCUACCUGGGUGCAUGGCGGAACUAAAGUUACACUGGAGAAGAUGAUCUCUGUUAUGAAUUUUCAUUGUUGGCUGAAGCUACAGGACUGAUCGGAACUGUCGGAUUGAUCCAUUUUCCUGUGCUGUUGUGAGGAACAUCGUGUCGGUGAACUCUCUCAUUCAUAAUGACAGGGAUGGGCUCGAGACUGGCGUUCUACGUGGGCUUCCUCGUGGGGACCGUGUCGCUCUACAUGUUCCUGCGUCAAGUGUGGUUCGCGCAAAAUUAUGGCCGUCACAGACACGAGAGCGGUGAGCUAACGUCGGAGGAGCUCAGACUCCUUGAUGAGGAAGAAAAGAACUGGAAGAAAGAGAGGUCUGCUCUCUUCAACCUCAACCAUCCUCAUCAUACAGGUGAGGAUGGACAGGUGGCAGACGCACUCUAUAAGAAGGUGCGUAUUCUGUGUUGGGUCAUGACUGGACCCAGUAAUCUGCAGAAGAAGGCUCGGCAUGUCAAAGCCACCUGGACUCGUCACUGUAACAUUGUGGUUUUCAUGAGUUCUGUUGACGACCCGGACUUCCCAGCGGUAGGACUGGGCACCAAAGAGGGUCGAGACCAGCUUUACUGGAAAACCAUCCGCGCUUUCCACUACGCCCUGGAAAAACACGGAGAUGAGGCCGACUGGUUUCUCAAGGCUGAUGACGACACGUACGUGAUCGUGGACAAUCUGCGCUGGAUACUUGCCAACCACUCGGCGGAGGACCCCGUGUAUUUCGGGCGAAGAUUCAAGCCCUACACUAAACAGGGCUACAUGAGCGGCGGCGCGGGGUAUGUGCUGAGCAAGGAGGCGCUGCGGCGUUUCGUGGAAGGGUUCCGUACCAAAGUGUGUACCCACACGUCUUCGGUGGAGGACCUGGCCCUGGGUCAGUGUAUGGAGAAGAUGGGGGUGCGGGCCGGAGACUCCAGAGAUUCACUGCAGAGAGAAACCUUUCACCCCUUUGUGCCCGAGUCACACCUCACCGGCUCCUUCCCCAAGAGCUUCUGGUAUUGGAAAUACUGCUACUACCCCAUCGUGGAGGGUGCCCAGUGCUGUUCAGAUCUGGCUGUGUCUUUCCACUAUGUGGAUUCUACUCAGAUGUAUCUGUUGGAGUACUACACCUAUCACCUCCGUGCCUUCGGCUAUCGCUACCGCUACGUCCCACCCACCCCCAUCAGCCUGCAGGGGCUGGCAUUUGGAGAGGUCAAGGCCGCUCCUCCCCAGAAAGAGGCGGAGCUGCCACAGCAAGAUGUGAAGCAGGAAGAAGGUGGACAGGAAGUGAAGAAUGAAGCUCUGCCCCCAAACGAUUCAGAAAGGAAGCUAUAGUGCCCAUUUUAAACUGAAACUGGAGCGAUGCUUGUUAAGAUAUUUUCACAAAAUAAGAACAUGGUGGGUUUAUUUUGGGGGGGGAGGGGGGUUGCAUAAGAACAUGGUGGGUUUAUUUGGGGGGGGGGUAAGAACAGAAGAACGGGACAGGAUGUUUUGAAAUGGGUCAGAGAGACUGACACUGACUGACCUGGUAGUGAAAUGGAUGAGUUUUGCAAAAUGUUUUUGCAACUUCAUUUAUGUGUUUAUAUGAGACACAGAUUUACAGUGCCUCCACAGACUGUAUGAAGACUGUUGUCUGUGCGUGUGUGUGUAUGUGUGUGUGUGUGUGAAGGUAUGAAUGAAUGUGGAUAGGGUGUAAGAAAGUGAAUGAAUGAGAGUGAGAGAGUGAAUGUGUGUGUGUG